CAAACUUAUCCGGCCUACCCAAGAAAAACCCUUCAACCCCAUUUACUCCUCCUCCUCUACUCUUCCCCCCCCUCCUCCACCACCUCCAGCUCCACCACCAACCGCUACUCCUAUAAUUCUACAACACGGCCCAAAAUCGCCACAUUUCUUAUCGAUCAAGAAAAAUGAAGCUACGCGAUCUAUAGCGAAUGUUAGGCUUCAAGCACCGAGUACAAAGACAACAAUGAGUUCUACAUCUUCCAGUGGCUCGCCGAGCCGUCCCUCAGGUGGAAAGCACCCAAUGUACCGUGGAAUAAGGAGCCGGAGCGGCAAAUGGGUAUCGGAGAUUCGCGAACCACGUAAAACUACACGUAUUUGGCUAGGGACUUACCCUACACCGGAGAUGGCGGCCGCGGCCUAUGACGUGGCUGCAAUUGCCUUGAAAGGUAGUGAUAUUGUACUAAACUUUCCUGAUCGUGUUAGUUCCUACCCAGCCCCAGCCUCACCUUCUCCGUCUGAUAUACGCAGCGCGGCUGCGGGUGCUGCUGAGAUGAUGAAGGAGAAAACUGCAGGUCGUGGAGAUGAUGGUGAUGAUGAUGGAAAUGAUCAUCAAGAAUUAGCAUUUGAUCAAGAUAGAGGCUUGGCUGGAGAAGAUGAAUUCAUUGACGUAGAGGCACUGAUUGAUAUGCCUAAUUUGCUUGUGGACAUGGCCGAGGGAAUGCUAGUGAGCCCACCAAGAAUACACUCUCCGCCAUCUAGCGAUUCGCCUGAACAUUCUGAUGUUGAUAGCCUAUGGAGCUAUUUUUGA